CUGACCAGUCGCGAGCCGCCAAACGGCAGACAAAGACGUAGAUAUAUGUUUUUUUAAUAUAAAUAUUUAUAUAAAUAAUAACAAAAUGCGUGCAAAAGUUACCCUUUGUAUUGUGCUCGCUUGGUUAAGCUGUGCCCUAGCUUAUCAAAGACAGAGUUGUAGCGACUGCGUCGGCUAUCGAACCUGUGAUGCUGCCGUGUCCCUUCUUGGGAUGAAGACGCAAGCCGCUGAUGAGAAGUUCAAGAGCGCUUUCUGUGGGUUUGAUGGCGCCAAGCUUCCAAUGGUGUGUUGCUCCCAACUCUCGAAUAAAUCAACAUCAGACAGCGUGGAAAACCACCCAAACCUCCACCUGCUCCCAGACUCGUGUGGAAAGAUCAACGGAGACAAGAUCAUAGGAGGCCGAACCGCGGGUCUCUACGAGUACCCAUGGAUGACGCUUAUCUCUUAUAAGACACGACUGGGACCCCAGUUUGAAUGCGGCGGCAGUCUCAUCAACGAGCGCUACGUACUCACCGCGGCUCACUGCAUCUCCAACUUGAAACUGCUCGGCGUGAGGAUAGGAGAGAACGAUGUGGACACCACCACGGACUGCCAAGGAGAACCUCCCACUCUUACUUGUGAAUCUAAGAUUCAGGAUAUUCGUAUUGAGGAGGCCAUACCCCAUCCAGAAUAUCACGGCAAACCCAACGUCAAAAAUGAUAUCGGUCUUCUCAGGCUUAAAAAGCCAGUGGACUUAUCUUUCAAGAACGCCGGUAUAGUCUGCCUGCCGGUAUCCAAAGACCUACAGAGCCGUAACCUCGGUAAACUGCACGCUACUGUCGCCGGCUGGGGCUAUACGGAGAAAGGCUACAUCUCAUCUAAGCUACUAGCCGUAGACGUGCCCAUACACACUGCUGAUUCGUGCCGAGAAAUGUACAACAGAGGCCAAAAACCCGGUGAAGAAGACGAGACGACCAACAAGAUUUGCGCCGGUGAGAACGGCAAGGACUCUUGCGGAGGGGACUCCGGAGGCCCACUGAUGGUCAAGGGGGCCUACAGGAACAGCGGAGAACGCUUCAUUCAGCACGGCAUCGUGUCGUACGGACCCAGGCUUUGUGGGUCAGACUUUCCUGGAGUGUACACAGAUGUUUCGAAGUAUAUGAAGUGGAUCUUGGAUAAUAUAAGGCCUUGAGCUGUUUAAAAUUGAAUAAACUCCAGGUCAUCUCAAGCCAUAAUAUACUUUUGGACCUGGCCACUUAAGAAAUUAAGCCGUCCUUGGCAUAGAACGGUUAAAGCAAAGAU